AUGCCGUCACCAUUCCGUACCAGUGCGGCACCAGCGCUGGUCCUACUCGCUGCUGCUACUCGCACAAGCUGCGCUUCCGCCCUUCAUCUUCGCGACGGCUCCGUCCUGGAAGUCGACAGGGAGCUGCCCGGGCCGAACCUUGACAAUGGAACCCCGACAAAGCUCUACUCGCUGUCGCUCGGGCGCGUGCGGCGCGACCACAUGGCGAGCGCGGACCUUGCGUCAGCGAUGGACGCCAUGAGACGAGGCUGGCAUGGGCACCGGUCACUGCUGUACACGAUGUCGUUCGAGGAAACCCCGUUGUUCCUAGGGUACGGCACCCACUUCGCAUACAUUUACGCGGGUACCCCGCCCCAGCGGGCAUCGGUCAUCAUCAACACCGGGAGUCACUUCUCCGCGUUCCCGUGCUCCGAGUGCAGGAGCUGUGGCAACCACACGGACCCGUACUGGGAUCCCUCCCAGUCCAGCACAGCCCACAUCGUGACCUGUGACGAAACCGAAAGAUGCCACGGGGCCUACAAAUGCCAAAGCGACAAGAAGUGCGUGCUCAGGGAGCAUUACACCGAAGGGAGCUCCUGGAGGGCGAAGCAGGUUGACGACCUGCUGUGGGUAGGAGAGCGCACCCUGUCAGACUCGCAGAAGCACGACGACUCGGCCUUCUCGGUGGAUUUCACGUUUGGGUGCAUCGAGAGCCUGACGGGCCUGUUCAAGACGCAGCUCGCCGACGGCAUCAUGGGGUUGAACGCGGACAGCCGAACACUGAUUACGCAGCUCGCCACGGCUGGGAAGAUCAGCGAACGUAAGUUCUCUCUCUGCUUCAGCGAGACCGGCGGAACCAUGGUUAUUGGGGGCUACGACCCUCUGCUGAACAAGCCCGGCUCAGAGAUGCAAUACACUCCGUCCACCGGCGAGAUCAGUGCACCCACCGUGAAGGUGACGGACGUCACCCUAAACGGGGUGAGCAUAACGACCGACGCGUCCGUGUUCCAGAAAGGAACAGGCAUUAAAAUCGUCAGCGGGACAACCAACACGUACCUCCCCAGGGCCGUGGCGGAGGGUUUUAGCGCCGCCUGGGAGGCGGCGACUGGAUCCCCCUACGCGACCUGCAAAAUGAACGAAUUCUGCAUGACCCGGACCACCGUUGAGUUGGAAGCCCUGCCGGUGUUGAUGAUCCACAUGGAUGGCGGAGUGGAAGUCAACGUGCGGCCGGAGGCAUACAUGGAUGCCUCCUCGGACGAAGAGAAUGUAUACCCCUCUCUGCCUCCACCUUGCUCCAUGGGUGGCGUGCUGGGCGCAAACUUGCUCCGAGACCACAACGUCGUGUUCGACUACGACAAUCACGUGGUGGGCUUUGCGGACGGCGCUUGCGACUAUCAUGCUGACUCCAGGGGAUCGGACGGGGGCAGCGCUGGUGCCGAGGGCGGGCCUGCGGUAGAAGCGGAGGCGAACGUGGACUGCGUCACCGCGGCAAAGAGGGUCGAGGAGUGUGAUGCCGAGUGCCCGACCGGCCAAUCCGAGCCGAGCACCGCGGAGGGGCGUGAGAUCUGGGUGGACGAGGUCAUCACUCACCCACAAGGGUCCGGCCAAGCCUGUCCCGACAAGAUGGCAGAGGAGCACCGCGGUUGCGUGAAGGACUGCCCUUAG